UUCUCUUGUUACGAAAGGCCAAGGUUAUUUUCAAAUUAGUUCGGUGAAUAGCAGCCUUUGCCCUUUGAGAGAAAUGGCCACUUUUUGCUACAGAGUUGGGUUAGUUGCUAAACAAGCAAAGGUUCUUGGUAUUUCUUCUCGAUUGUUAUCAACAACUUCUCCUAAAAGUGCACAGCUAACAGUUCGUGAUGCACUGAAUGCAGCCUUAGAUGAAGAAAUAGCAAGAGAUGAAAAGGUGUUUUUAAUGGGAGAAGAAGUAGCACAGUAUGAUGGAGCUUAUAAGGUGUCAAGAGGGCUAUGGGCAAAGUAUGGAGACAAAAGAAUUAUUGACACUCCAAUUACAGAGAUGGGUUUUGCUGGUAUUGCUGUUGGUGCAGCAAUGGCUGGACUAAAACCUGUGUGUGAAUUUAUGACAUUCAAUUUCUCACUGCAAGCUAUAGAUCAAGUUAUCAAUUCUGCUGCUAAAACUUUUUAUAUGUCUGCAGGACAGGUUCCUGUUCAAAUAGUUUUUAGAGGUCCUAAUGGUGCUGCAUCUGGUGUGGCUGCCCAGCAUUCACAAUGUUUUGCUUCAUGGUACAGUCAAGUUCCAGGUUUAAAAGUUAUUUCCCCUUACUCUGCUGAGGAUUGCAAGGGUUUACUCAAGUCAGCCAUCAGGGAUCCCAAUCCAGUUGUCUUCCUUGAGAAUGAGCUCGUGUAUGGAACUGCUUUUGAAGUAUCUGAUGAGGUUAUUUCAAAUAAAGAUUUUUUGAUACCUAUUGGCAAAGCAAAAAUUGAAAGAGAAGGAAAACAUAUUACACUAGUAGCACAUUCUAAACCAGUUGGGUUGUGUCUAGAGGCAGCAAAUGAGUUGGCUGGUAAAGGUAUUGAGUGUGAGGUUAUUAACCUUAGAACAUUACGGCCACUUGAUGAAGAAGCUAUCAUAAAAUCUGUAAAAAAGACCAACCAUUUAGUAACAGUGGAAGGUGGCUGGCCACAGUGUGGUAUUGGUGCUGAAAUUGUUGCAAGGGUGAUGGAGAGUACAGCUUUUAAUUAUCUCGAUGCUCCAAUACUCAGAGUUACUGGGGCUGAUGUUCCCAUGCCAUAUGCAAAAAGCUUGGAAGAAUCUGCAUUGCCCCAGGUUAAAAAUGUUGUAAACGCUGUCAGGAAAUCUCUAAACCUCAAAUGAUGUGAUUAAGUUGUACAUUUUUUGUGUGACCUCAUGUAAUAGAUUUUUUUUUAAUUGUGUGAAUGGAUAUUUUCACAUUGACAUUCUAGAAAGAAAAAAAUUGAGAUCAAUGUAGUUAUUUUUCUCAAUCCAUUGUCAAUUUUGAAUGUUUGAUUAAAAGACAGUCAUAUAGUUUAAUCUCAUAGCAGCAGUGUGAGUCAAAAAUGUGUUACUAUGAACAUUUACUGAUACUAGCAACAGUGGGAUAAAAAUUAUCUUGUUUAAAAAUGUGUAUAUGGAAAAUUGUUUUCUUAGUUUAAGAUCAAUAUUCAAGUCACAGUAUUUGACCCAUGCCUGCGAUACUGAAUGAUAUUAGAGCAUCUGCUAUGUUCCUUUCUUCUGCAGCUGGUACAUUUUUUAUGAGCAUAUUUAUGUAAACAUGUCUAGGAAAACACAGUAAACCACUUUUUUGAACUGUUUGAUUGACAGCUUUGUUUGUGUAGUAAAUUAUCUAAAAAAAUAUACCACUAUAGUAAAUACUUUGAUUAAUUAAUAUAAAAGAAGUUUAGAAGUGUAUACCAUUAACUUAUUGUUGCUCAAAUUUAUUUAGUUUUAAUAUUUCUGUUACUGGUAGUGAAAUAAAAAGUUGACUACUUUA